UCCUGAAGUAGUUUUUUUCUCGAUCUUUUGAUUGAUCAGCGAUAUCGAUGUUAAACUAGGGUUAAUCCUCAAAUUCAUGUUUUUUUUUUCUCAUAAUAGUUUGAUUUCUUGAAGUUUGGAGCUUGGAUUUUGUUGUUAAAGGUGAUGAUUAUGUGGGAGCAAGAUCCAGAUGUUGUUCGAUGGGGUCUCCAUCUUCUUAGUGAUCCAUGUUUCUAGCACUGUCUACUGUGAAGUCCCAACAUCGAAUGUUGCCACCUUCCAUGUUGGGGAGAAUGCAAGAGAAUGUAAUCUGAAUUCAGAGUGUACUGCUGUAGAGAAUGAUGAGAUCAUUGCACAUGCUCUUCAGGAGGAGUUUUCACAAGUUGCAGCUGCUGAAGCAUCUGGAGCUCUACAAGAAGGUUCUGAUCGUUUGCAAGCAUCUGUUCUUGCACAAGAUUGGUUAGGCCCACCUAUGCGGUUUAUACGUUCAGAUAAUGGAGGUGUUCAUGGAGAUGUAUAUUAUAUGGAACCUUCAAGUUCAUGUUCAAGCCCUGGCGAGCAGCCAUAUGAAGGGGAAAUGUGGACAUUGGAGCUCAUGGAUGAUUUCUCUUCCCUAGAUGGUGAAGUAGGGAAGAGGUUGAAUCAGUUGAUUCCUGUUCCUCAUAUUCCUAGAAUUAAUCGAGAAAUUCCUUCUGUUGAUGAAGCUACUUCAGAUAAUCAAAGGCUCAUAGAUAGGUUGCGGCUUUACGACCUGGCUCAGCUCAAGGUUGAAGGAGAUGGUAACUGUCAGUUUCGAGCACUUUCAGAUCAGCUUUACCGUACCCCUGAGCACCACAAGGUUGUGAGAAAGCAAGUAGUACAGCAGCUUAAGUCCCACUCAGAGUUAUAUGAAGGAUAUGUUCCCAUGCCCUAUGGAGACUAUUUGAAAAAGAUUGCAAAGAGUGGAGAAUGGGGUGACCAUGUCACGCUACAGGCUGCUGCAGACUCUUAUGGAGUCAAAAUAUUUGUGAUAACAUCAUUUAGGGACACUUGCUCCAUUGAGAUUCUACCUGCAGUUCAGAAAUCCAAAAGAGUUAUUUUCUUGAGCUUUUGGGCUGAAGUGCACUACAACUCAAUCUAUCCGGACGGAGAGCUGCCAACAAUGGAGGCAAGGACGAGCAAGAAGAGGGAUUUUAUAUGUAAAAGUUCAUCAUACUGUUCCCUGAUGUAAAUAUGUUGGGGUAAAAAAUAAAAAUAAAAAUAGGUAAAAUUUCUUUCUGUAUUCCCCAUUCAAUAAUAUUGAUUUUAUUUAUUCUAUUUUUGUUAUUCAA